AUGAGUGAAAAUCUUGAUCAAAAUCACAGUGAAUUGAAAAGAGAAAGCAGUAAAUUAUUGAAGCAAUUGUCAAAUCUUAGUACAAUUUCAAUAAAAUCGGAGCCAUCAGUAGUUAAGGUUAAGAAAACGCCACCGAGAAAAUUGCGAUCGUUAGUUAAGAAAUCAAUAAAGCCUCGCGAAGCUGACAGUACUGACUCAGAUGACAGUAAAGUAGAAGAGAACAAAAGAGGAUGGAAAAGUUGGAUGCUGCUUGCUGCUGUUUUCUUGAUCGGGUCUUAUUUUAUUUCAAACAUAAGCAUAAGUAGCUGCGGAUUUUGGGCGACAUAUGAAAACAAUUUCAAUAAAAUUGUUCAUGGUGACGGAAAAUAUUGUUAUCGAUCGAUAGAAAGUGAAAAGAUUGUAGAGGAACUUAAGAAAAACAUAGUAGGACAAGAUGAUGCAAUAAGUUUAAUUAAAGCUAGCUUGAAUUUAGCAAAUCGUGAGAAAAUCAUUCAAAUGGCUUUCAUUGGAGGAACAGGAGUAGGAAAAUCUUUGGCAUCCAACAUCAUUGUUAGCAAUUGGAAAUGGAAGCAUAACACAGUUAACUUCAUUUUUGAUAUUAAUUUUAAUGCUGACCUGCAAGGAAAAGAAGCUUUCGAUGAUGAUUUGAGAAUUGUUACUUCACAUCUCUCUGAUUGCGGCUUCAACUUGAUUGUCAUCGACGACGUUGACAACGAAAGUACUACAAUUAAUAGAAUUGCAAAACUGGAUCGAAGUCUUCAUCGACUUGCUAAACAAAAUCUUUAUAAAAUCGUUUUUAUUGUGAUAUUUAACAAAAAUCCAAAUUCCAUUGAACUAGAAGAGGCUUUAAAUAAUUUUGUGAUAAUUGACUUUCAUCCGUUCACUAAAGAACUUUUGGAGAAAUGCAUUGAGUUUCAUGAAAAGAUGUACAAAGUGAAACUUUCACCGAUUGAAAUAGAUGAACUCAAAAUGAUAAACUAUACAAACUUCGGCUGUAAAACUGUAGCUAAGAAAAUAAAUUUAAUUUCAAAUAAAUAA